AUGGGGCUGCUUCAAUGGCCCGUUUUGCUCCUGCUGGGGCCUGCUGCCUUCCUGCUGGGGGACUGUUCUGGCACUUCCUCCCACUCCUUUCUUGUAUUCUUAACGACUGUAUCAGAGCCUGACCAGGGACUUCCUCAGUUCACUGCUGUGGGGUAUGUGGAUGACCAGUCCAUUGGUCGCUAUGACAGCAACACAAAAAAAGUGCUGCCAUCAGUCUCUUGGAUGAAGGAGAUGGAGAAGGAGAGAGCCGAUUAUGGGAAGCGGCAGACCCAGAUCUUGCAAAAUGAAGAGCCAGAGUUCAGAGCGAACUUGGUAAUUCUGCAGAAUCACUUCAACCAGACUAGAGGGAUUCACACCUGGCAGUGCAUGUACGGCUGUGAGGUGGGCCCAGAAGGGCGCAAAGGAGGGUAUAUCCAGCACAGCUACAACGGGAGGGACUUCAUCAGCCUCGACAAGGAGACCCUCACCUGGACGGCGGCCCAGCCGGAGGCCCAAGUGACCAAGAGGUUGUGGGAUAGAGACAGGGCUUUUACCCAGCACUGGAAGGCGGCCCUGGAGGAGGAAUGCAUUGAGUGGCUGGAGGGUUACCUGCACUACGGGAAGGAGGUUCUGCAGAGGACAGAGCCACCAGUGGUGAAGGUGACGCACCAGGCGCACUCAGAUGGCAUGGAGACCCUCGUCUGCCGAGCCCACGGCUUCUACCCCAAGGAGAUCGAUGCUAACUGGAGGAAGGACGGAGAGGUCUGGGAGGAGGGCACCUUCCGUGGCCUCGUCGCCCCCAACUCAGACGGGACUUACCAUGCCUUGGUUGGCAUCCAAAUCAACCCAAAGGACAGGGACCUUUAUCAGUGUCAUGUGGAGCAUGACGGCCUAAAGGAGCCUCUGGAUGUGGCCUGGGAGGAGCCUGCAUCCAACAUCGCACUCAUUAUUGGGUGUGUUCUGGGGGCCAUCCUGCUGGUAGCAGCUGCAAUUGCUGGGAUCAUGUUGUACAGAAAAUGGCAGUCAGGAUUCAAAGAAGCGCCAACAAGUGGCCAAGGGUCUGACAACCAAGGGUCUGACAACUCCAGCAAGGGGAGCAACCUGGCCAUCUAGGAGCCCCAAAGCAGUAUGACCAACAAUGUCAGCACAACGCAGACAGCAGGGCUCCCAGUGCGAGAGGCGAGAGAGUAAGAAUGGAUCCUCUUCCUCUUUCCCAAAGCAUUUUAACUGUACUUUUUAACUUAUUAUAACUUAAUUGGAUUUUUGCACUGUAUUGUUUUUCUUACUGUAUU